AUGCCUGUGCUGCGUAGCGCCGCGCGAAGGGCCCGAGAGGCGCAGGGGAGUCCGGCGGCGGCUGAGGACAAAGCACCGGAGGCGGCGGCGGCAGCAGCAGCACCGGCACCGGCACCACCGCCGGCGGAGAAGAGGCGGAGGGUGACGAGGGCGGAGGAGAGGGAGCGGGAGGAGAUCAGACCCGUGGAGGUCGUCGCGGGGGAAGGCGGCGACGACGAGGGGGAGCGUGGGAUGGACGACGCGGACAGCGCCGACAAGCUAGCCGAUGACGAGGGCAGCCCCCCUGUCCCUGACACGGUCCAGGUGGGUAGUUCACCAAAGUAUAGAGUCGAGAAGAAGCUCGGGAAAGGUGGUUUUGGCCAAGUAUAUGUUGGCCACCGCAUGUUAGCUACUGGUCCAGGUGCUGUUGAGGUGGCACUGAAGUUUGAGCAUAGGACCAGUAAAGGAUGUCACUAUGGCCCUCCUUAUGAGUGGGCAGUUUACAACGCCGUCGGUGGCAUUCAUGGGGUUCCCCGAGUCCACUACAAAGGACGCCAAGGGGAUUACUUUGUUAUGGUUAUGGAUAUGCUCGGACCCAGUCUUUGGGAUGUCUGGAAUAAUAACUCUCACACAAUGUCACGUGAGAUGGUUGCUUGUAUUGCUAUUGAAUCAAUCUCCAUACUUGAGAAAAUGCAUUCAAAAGGGUAUGUUCAUGGCGAUGUCAAACCAGAGAAUUUCUUGUUAGGGACUCCUGGGACACCUGAAGAAAAGAAACUCUUCCUUGUUGAUCUUGGUUUAGCUACGAAGUGGAAGGAUAGUGCAACAGGGCAACACGUUGAAUAUGAUCAGCGACCAGAUGUUUUCAGGGGAACAGUUCGCUAUGCUAGUGUUCAUGCACAUCUUGGGAGAAUAGGUAGCAGGAGGGAUGAUUUAGAAUCUCUAGCAUACACGCUAGUCUUUCUUCUACGGGGACGUCUACCUUGGCAAGGUUAUCAGGGUGAAAACAAAGGCUUCCUUGUCUGCAAGAAGAAAAUGGCUACCUCUCCAGAAUCUCUCUGUUGCUUUUGCCCACAACCCUUCAAAGAGUUUGUAGAGUAUGUGGUCAAUUUGAAGUUUGACGAAGAACCCAACUAUGCAAAAUGUGUAUCGCUUUUUGAUAGUGUAGUAGGUCCAAAUCCAGAUGUCAGACCAAUUAACACUGAUGGUGCUCAGAAGCUUAUACAUCAAGUUGGUCAAAAGAGAGGCCGCUUAUUGAUAGAGGAAGAGGCAGAUGAACAACCAAAGAAGAAGAUCAGGAUGGGAAUGCCUGCAACACAGUGGAUAAGUGUCUAUAAUGGCAGACGGCCAAUGAAACAAAGGUACCACUACAAUGUUGCAGAUUCAAGGCUUGUACAGCACAUUGAAAAAGGGAAUGAUGAUGGACUGUUUAUCAGUUGCAUAACAUCUUGUUCCAAUCUCUGGGCUAUAAUCAUGGAUGCUGGAACUGGUUUCACUUCCCAAGUUUAUGAGCUUACACCACAUUUCCUUCACAAAGAAUGGAUAAUAGAGCAAUGGGAGAGGAACUACUAUAUAACUGCGCUUGCUGGGGCAAACAAUGGCAGCUCGGUGGUAGUGAUGUCUAAAGGCACAGCCUACACACAACAGUCCUACAAAGUUAGUGAUACUUUCCCCUACAAAUGGAUAAACAAGAAAUGGCGAGAUGGUUUCUAUGUAACUUCCAUGGCAACUGCUGGAAGUAGAUGGGCUGUUGUCAUGUCUCGUAAUGCUGGGUUUUCUGAUCAGGUUGUUGAACUGGAUUUCUUGUAUCCCAGUGAGGGAAUUCAUAAAAGGUGGGACAGUGGUUACCGGAUAACCGCAACUGCUGCAACCUGGGAUCAGGCUGCUUUUGUUUUAAGUGUACCAAGGAGGCGACCUACAGAUGAAACCCAAGAGACACUGAGGACAACUGCUUUCCCUAGUCAACAUGUGAAGCACAAAUGGUCUAAGAAUCUCUACCUAGCAUCAGUAUGCUAUGGUCGUACUGUAUCCUAG